UCCAUAAUACGGUCUUAUGUCUUACUGCAGGGGUUAUAUUUGAACGCACUCUGCGAUUGUGAAGUGAUCUAACCUCUAAACUUAACAGUCUCUCGUACUGUUUCGUUUCUACUCAAUCAUCCUACCUUAAAAGGUAAUAAUUGUACGGUUUCUUACAAGAAAAAAAAAAAUAUUACGAUAUAUAAUUAUUAACUAUAUAAUUAUAACGAAAUGUCUGAUCCGCGUAUACGAACUUUGAAAAUUAAGACCGGAGUAGUAAAACGUCUUGCUAAAGAAAAAGUUACUUAUGAAAAAGAAGCGGCGCAACAACGUCAAAGAAUACAGCAAUUAAAAGAACAGGACAAGGAUGGAUACGACAUUAAGAAGCAAGAAGAAGUUUUACAAGAAUCGCUUAUGAUGGUACCGGACUGUCAACGUCGUCUUGUUAAAGCUUUCGAAGAGUUAAAGGGUAUUUUGGAAACGGAACAAGAUUUAAAAGAAGCUGAGGAUUAUAUCGAAGCGGAGAAAGUAUUGCAAGAAGCCGAAGCUCAACUUCCUAAAGAAGGAGAAAUUUUGCAAAUGUGUUAGAU